UUUCACCAUGAAUUUGUAACAAGAUUCUUGGGUAUAAAUAUGGUAGCAAAAUGGAAAAGAGACACAAUAGACGAACAUGGAUCAUUUGACAGUGAUUGUGCUUCUGGCUCUGUUUGAAAUUUCCUCUGUUGUAGGUAUUACGGGAGGGUAUAGGGCAAGAAAUGGAAAAUUUCCGUAUCAAGUAUCUCUUCAGACUGAUUUUAGUGAAUUUGGUAAUUUUUGUAGCGGAUCCAUUUUAAAUGAAAAUUGGGUUCUAACAGCAGCCUCUUGUGUUUUGCCAGAUCCAUCUUAUUACUAUGUUGUGGCUGGAACCCCAGAUUGGACAAAUCUAGGAAAAUAUGGCACAAAACACAGAAUUGAUGUAGUGUUUAUUCACCCCGACAAUGCUAAUGAUCGAUCUAUAGACAUAGCUCUAAUACAAUUAGAAAAUCCAAUUCAAUUUUCCAAGAAUGUAAAAAGCAUUAACCUUCCUGACUCUGAUAUUGAAAAACCUGGCUUGCCUGUGGUUGUUUCCGGUUGGGGAGAAAAUAAUAAAAUAACCGGUGAACAGAAUAAAAAACUGCACUAUUUUAAUGCUAAGGUUUUUGAUCGAAAUUAUUGUAGAGAAAAAUAUCCUGGGUUAUUGGAUUCGUCUAUGUGUACCAUAUCCAGAAAAGGGCAAGGUGUAUGUUUUAGAGAUUCUGGAAGUCCUAUUGUCGCUGGUGAUGUUCUGAUUGGAAUGGCUUCAAAUCGGAUAUCCUGUGGAAAUGGAAAUCCUGAUAGAAACAUUCGUAUCUGGGCUUUCGUUGAUUGGAUCAAAAGUUAUAUCAAUGAAUGAAUA